AUGCAAUCUCAAGCAUCACAGUCUGCCGGUUCAGCGUCCUAUGUACCAGGUCAACCACCCCAGAACAGCUUUGGGGCGUUUGACAACAUCAAUUUGGCUGCUAUGGUUCCCCCGUUCCAGAAUGGCAUGGCUGCGCCAAACGAAAAUGUUCCAGGGUUUCAACAGCCCUUUUGGCAGCUCCCAUGGGAGCAACAGCAAUUGCUAUUCCAUGCUCCUGUGGGUGAAUCCACUAACCCUUCUUUCGGUUUCCCUCCGUUGAAUGACAUGGGUGCGUUCCCUGGUGGAUUACCUCCCAUGUUUCCGCCUGCGUUCAUGAACUUUGCGUCAACGAAUCCAUUGAUGGCAAUGCCACCGUUCGGACCCAUGGCCUUCCAAGCAGCUGGCUCUGCUGGAAUCAAUACCCGCAAUAUGUCCAGUCAGGUCCCAUCACCACGCCCGGGUUCUUCAUCCAGGGCACGCGCUAGUCCUCGACCUCGUUCCAAAAGGUUCGACUCCCCGACACCACCUAAAAGAGCUAUGCCAACACCGGCCUACCUCGAGCAGUCGUCAAAGCCAGCCAAACGGAACUCCUGGUCACAACCUCUACUAGUCAUCCUGGAUUUGAAUGGCACGCUCGUCCACCGGCCUGACCGGUACAUGCCACCUCGGUUUAAGAGAAGAGCGGGACUGGACAUCUUCAUACAGACGUUGAUGCAGAAAUACAAAGUCAUGAUAUGGUCGAGUGCCCGACCUCCCACCGUAGACGGCAUCUGCCGCCAACUCUUCAUCAAUGACAGCCGGACGCAAAUCGUCGCCGAAUGGCACCGCGAGCACUUCAAUCUCACUCCGCAGCAAUACGAUGCCAAAAUCCAGGUCUACAAAACCCUCAGUACCGUAUGGGCCGACGAAAAGGUCCAAGCAUCAUACCCCAACCCCAAAGACCUAGGCUCGUCCGUGCCUGCAACCUUCCAAAAGACCCGCUGGGACCAAACCAACACCAUCUUAAUCGACGACACCCGCCUCAAAGCAAGCAGCGAACCAAGCAAUCUCCUCGAAAUCCCCACCUUCGACGGAUCCUCCGGCGCCGAAGACGCCGCCACAUUAACCAAGGUCCUCCAAAUGCUCGAGGAGCUAUCCUUACACGACGACGUCAGCCAAGUCCUCCACAAAUGGUACAACUCGAUCCCCAAAACAGGCAACCUCUGCCUGGACAUCAAGCUCCAAGAAGACCCCGAAGCCCAACAUCAACUCCAAACCCAAUGCUACAACGGCCCCCUCACCCCAACGGAGAUCGCCGAAGCACGCAAACAGCGCCGCAAAGCCCGCAAGCGUGAAAAGGUCGCCGAGAAAGCCAGAGCCCGUCAGAUCCAGAAGCAAGAACAGCGUUUAGCCAAACAGUACCCACCCCCUCCCACAUAUACCCCAGGGGUCGUCGCCUCAUCUACUGUCGAUGAGACGAAUACUGUCACACCACGUACAGAUCUCUCUUCCUCCAACUCAUUCCCUCCUCAUUCUCCAUCAUCACCUUCAUCUGACUCGACACCGGGUGGCACUGCUAUACCAACAGGAUAUGAUGUCAAUGACAAGGUCAAAAGGACUUUGAGGGUUGCUGGUGAUGAUGAUGCGAGUGAUCGUUCCCCGUCGCCUGCUGCCUCAACUCAAUCUGAGAAUUAUCUCUUGGAUCGGUUGGAGGAGUCAUUGAAGACGGGUUGA